AUGCUCAACUUCACGGAUGUGACAGAGUUUAUUCUUUUAGGACUAACCAGUCGUCGGGAAUGGCAAGUUCUCUUCUUUGUCAUUUUCCUGCUGGUCUGCGUGGUCACUGUGGUGGGUAAUAUCGGCAUGACCCUGUUAAUUAAGGUCAGUCCACAACUCAGCAGCCCCAUGUACUUUUUUCUGAGUCAUUUGUCAUUUGUUGAUGUGUGGUUUUCCUCCAAUGUCACUCCUAAAAUGCUGGAAAACCUGUUAUCCAAGACAAAAACGAUUUCUUACGCUGGCUGUCUGGUACAGUGCUUCUUCUUCAUUGCUCUUGUCCAUGUAGAGAUAUUUAUUCUUGCUGCGAUGGCCUUUGACAGAUGCAUGGCCAUUGGGAGUCCUUUGCUCUAUGGCAGCAAAAUGUCAAGGAUUGUCUGCAUCCGACUGAUUUCUUUCCCUUACGUGUAUGGUUUUCUGACUAGUCUGGCAGCAACAUUAUGGACCUAUGGUCUGUACUUCUGUGGGAAGAUUGAGAUCAACCACUUCUACUGUGCAGACCCACCUCUCAUCAAAAUGGCCUGUGCCGGGAACUUUGUAAAAGAAUAUACAAUGCUCAUACUCGCCGGCAUUAACUUCGAAAUGCUCAAUUUCACGGAUGUGACAGAGUUUAUUCUUUUAGGACUAACCAGUCGUCGGGAAUGGCAAGUUCUCUUCUUUGUCAUUUUCCUGCUGGUCUACGUGGUCACCGUGGUGGGUAAUAUCGGCAUGAUCCUGCUAAUUAAGGUCAGUCCACAACUCAGCAGCCCCAUGUACUUUUUUCUAAGUCAUUUGUCAUUUGUUGAUGCGUGGUUUUCCUCCAAUGUCACUCCUAAAAUGCUGGAAAACCUGUUAUCCAAGACAAAAAUGAUUUCUUACGCUGGCUGUCUGGUACAGUGCUUCUUCUUCAUUGCUCUUGUCCAUGUAGAGAUAUUUAUUCUUGCUGCGAUGGCCUUUGACAGAUGCAUGGCCAUCGGGAGUCCUUUGUUCUAUGGCAGCAAAAUGUCAAGGAUUGUCUGCAUCCGACUGAUUUCUUUCCCUUACGUGUAUGGUUUUCUGACUAGUCUGGCAGCAACAUUAUGGACCUAUGGUCUGUACUUCUGUGGGAAGAUUGAGAUCAACCACUUCUACUGUGCAGACCCACCUCUCAUCAAAAUGACCUGUGCUGGGAACUUUGUAAAAGAAUAUACAAUGAUCAUACUCGCCGGCAUUAAUUUCACAUAUUCUCUGACUAUAGUUAUCGCAUCCUAUCUCUUCAUCCUCAUUGCCAUUCUCCGGAUGAACUCGGCGGAAGGGAGGCGCAAGGCCUUUUCCACCUGUGGGUCCCAUCUGACCGCCGUCAUAUUCUACGGAACGCUUAUUUUCGUGUAUCUCAGACGUCCCACAGAAGAGUCUGUGGAGCAGGGGAAGGUGGUGGUCGUGUUUUACACCAUGGUGAUCCCCAUGUUGAACCCCAUGAUCUACAGUCUGAGGAGCAAGGAUGUGAAAGAGGCCAUGAACAAAGUGAUCAGCAAAACAUUUUUAAUAAACUAA